GUGCCGUGCGAAGUGAGACAGAAGCAGAGGCUUUGGACGGUUGAAGCCGGGGCCGUCGGUAGAUGGCGGUAACCCAAGAAACCUGAUCCACAGGGUUCUCGGGCACUCUGUCUCAGUUUGCAGCACUCGCACUGAAGACAGAGGAGCUGAACAGUUUGAAGGACAUAAUAGAAAAAGAAAAGAAAAAAGAGAAAGCCCAGGAGAGCUCACGGCGGGUCUUCUCGAGUUUUGCGCGCAGCCCUCCCGAGCCGGAGACGGAACCCUUUGCCACCAAGAGAAAACGGGAAAACUAAAAACGCCAUGGAAGACAAAUCUAAUUCGUUCUCCAGCAACAAGGAGGAGAAGGCGGAUGGGAAUAAUGUUUUUCAGAGGCAAGACUCGAUACAGAAAAAUAACACGGGGAGCCAGAACAUGAAGGACCACGGCAACUCAGUGGGCUUCAAGGGGGAGCGGGAAGAGGCCAUGGUCGGUUUUGACGAUCUGGAGGGGGCGGCCAGGCAACAUGGUUUUAUGCAGAGGCAAUUUGGGGCCAUGAUGCAGCCCGGAGUCAAUAAGUUCUCCUUGCGUAUGUUCGGCAGUCAGAAAGCCGUGGAGAAAGAGCAAGAGAGGGUUCAAACGGCCGGAUACUGGAUCAUUCAUCCAUAUAGCGAUUUUAGGUUCUACUGGGACUUGAUAAUGCUCAUCAUGAUGAUGGGGAAUCUAAUCAUCAUUCCUGUGGGAAUAACCUUCUUCUCAGAGCAGACUACCACCACCUGGCUGGUCUUCAAUGUGGCCUCGGACACCAUCUUCCUGGUGGACCUGGUCAUGAACUUCAGGACAGGGAUCGUCAACGAGGAGAGCUCCGAGAUCAUCCUCGACCCCAAGGUCAUCAAGAUGAAUUACCUAAAGAGCUGGUUUGUUGUGGACUUCCUCUCCUCCAUUCCAGUGGAUUAUAUCUUUUUAAUAGUUGAGAAAGGCUUUGACUCGGAGGUAUAUAAAACAGCUCGUGCCCUGCGAAUCGUCCGCUUCACCAAGAUCCUCAGUCUUCUGCGUCUGUUGAGACUGUCCCGACUCAUCAGAUACAUACAUCAGUGGGAGGAGAUUUUCCAUAUGACCUAUGACCUGGCUAGUGCAGUGGUAAGAAUAUUUAAUUUGAUAGGGAUGAUGCUGCUUCUGUGUCACUGGGAUGGCUGCCUCCAGUAUCUGGUGCCUCUCCUCCAAGACUUCCCCCCUGACUGCUGGGUGUCCCUAAACGGUAUGGUUAACGUUUCCUGGGGUAAGCAGUACUCUUAUGCCCUCUUCAAAGCCAUGAGCCACAUGCUGUGCAUCGGGUAUGGCGCCCGGGCACCCGUCAGCAUGUCUGACCUGUGGAUCACCAUGCUGAGUAUGAUUGUAGGAGCCACGUGCUAUGCCAUGUUUGUCGGUCACGCCACAGCUCUAAUUCAAUCCCUGGACUCUUCGCGCAGGCAAUACCAAGAGAAGUACAAGCAAGUGGAGCAAUACAUGUCCUUCCACAAGCUUCCAGCAGACAUGCGGCAGAAAAUCCACGACUACUAUGAACAUCGCUACCAAGGCAAAAUCUUUGAUGAGGACAACAUCCUGAGUGAACUCAACGACCCUCUCAAAGAGGAAAUUGUCAACUUCAAUUGCCGUAAACUCGUGGCCACCAUGCCUUUGUUUGCCAACGCGGACCCCAACUUCGUGACGGGCAUGCUGAGCAAGUUGAAGUUCGAGGUCUUUCAACCCAACGACUACAUUAUCAGGGAAGGCACAGUCGGGAAGAAGAUGUACUUCAUUCAACAUGGUGUAGCGAGUGUCAUCACCAAGUUCAACAAGGAGAUGAAGCUGACUGACGGAUCCUACUUUGGAGAGAUCUGUCUGCUCACCAAGGGCAGACGAACUGCAAGCGUGCGUGCAGACACCUACUGUCGACUCUUCUCCCUCUCUGUUGAUCAUUUCAAUGAGGUGCUAGAAGAGUACCCCAUGAUGCGACGCGCAUUCGAAACUGUCGCCAUCGACCGAUUGGACCGCAUCGGGAAGAAGAACUCUUUGCUGCUGCAGAAGUUCCAGAAGGAUCUGAACGCCGGCGUUUUCAACACGCAGGAGAACGAGAUAUUGAAGCAGAUUAUCCGUCAGGACAGGGAGAUGGUGAUGAUGGUGGACCGCAAGCAGUCAGUCACCGGGAUGAACUCAACACCAAUGUCAGGAAACUCCAUCAUUAACUCGCCAGCCCAGCCUCCCUUCCCCACUGCCUUCAGCACCAAUCAGCUCCAGCAGUCCUCUGUCCCCAUGACCUACAGUGCUUCAGCUAUUGCCAAUGCCUCUGCUGCCCGCAUGCUGCCAGCCGCUGCCGCUGCCGCUGUUGCAGCGCAGGGGGUUUACCCUCCUCCCAGUCUUUCCCACGGCAACCUGAAUUCAUCCUCAAUCAACCCACAGCAGCAAGGAGCCAUCAUGUCGCCCUGCUCCUUCACGGCUGCUAUGUGUAGUCCGCCCGUUCAGACCCCUCUGGCUAGCCGGAGCUUCCAGUACGGCUCGCGUACAGCCUCCCAGCUGUCGCUUAUCCAGCAGCCCAUGGCUCAACCAUCUCUACCCACGCAGCAGCAGCUCGCCCAGCAGCCUGCUGCAACAACUGCAGCCACAGCCUCUGCAGCGCAGCAGCAGCAGCCGUCACCUCAGCAGCAGCAGCAGCAGGUCCCUUCGCCUCAGCGGGGAGAAGUCCACAAGAGCACACAGGCCCUGCAGUCGGGCAGCUUGAGUCGAGAUGUCAGACAUUUAUCGGCCUCCCAACCAUCACUGCCACAUGACACAUCUCUGGGGCCCAGAGUGCACCCAGCCUCAGGAGACUCUCUGGCCUCCAUCGUGCCACCAACGGCGGCAGGGAUCCAGGGAAUGAAUCUGCAGAGCGGCAUCCGCACCACAGUGCCCCAGCGUGUCAACUUAUUCCGGCAGAUGUCGUCAGGAGCCUUGCCCCCGGUGCGCUCGGCUGCGGCGGCAGCAGCAGCGGCAGCAGCGGUGGCGGCAGCAUCAUCGUCCUCAACCCAGCACAGGGAAUCCCCCGGAUCUAGGAGAGAUUCUGUCCUGAGCAGUACAGAGACUGAGCAAGACAAAAUGCGUUUUGCAUCAAAUUUAUGAUCCCAUUUUUCCCUUUUCAUUUUUUAAACUUAAAUAUGUUUCAAUUCAUUUUUAAAAACGGAGAUACAACAAAAGAGAUAAAGAUGAGGAACUUCAGCAUUUUUGUUUCUCUCCAGUUUUCUUCUAAAAUAACCUCAUAGAAACCCUGUACAUACAAGCCCUUGUAUUAUAUUUUAGACACAUUGUCUCCCUAAACUUAAGAAUGUAUAUUAUACAGAUACAUCUCUCUUUUCUUUGACGCCAUAUAUAUAUAUACAUAUAUGUAUAUAUAUAUACUGCUGUGUGUAUGGGUGUGUGAGAGUGUGUGCAUGUGACCGCGUGUGUAAAAUCCAACUAGAAUAUUUGGCGAUGGCAAUUUAAAAAGCUGUAGUAUAAACAUGAGUCUUCCUUUCUGAGAAAUAUAAAGAAUUAUAUACAAUGUAUGAAGUUUUUUUAAUUUAUUUUCUUUUUGCUUUUUUUUUUUUUUUAAACUGGAAUGCAUUGUGGAUUCUGACAAUGACAUAUAUUUCUUUUCUUUUUUUUGUACCAUUAAGAAAGAGAAAAAUCGUCUUCUCCUAUUAAGCAGCUUUAGGCACCACUGUGGAAUUAUACAUGCAAGUAACUCUGACAAAUAAUCUCAAAAAGCACACACUCAUGAAUGAAUCUCACACCAGUUUCCUGAACCCUUCAUUUCAGAAACCAACACAGAUACUGUAACUAAGUGUUAUGUUGCUCUCUGCAACACAAAUACAGUAUGCUGAGCCACUAUAUCCCCACAGCGGCUCACAUACGAACCAUGACAGUGUUAUGGGUCCAAAGGGAAUAGAUAAUAGAAAUGCUGCUUUCUUUGUUUUCUUUUUUUCGAGGAGAAUGGAGUGUGGAGCAAGAUAUGGAUGGAUGCUAUUGUUUUCUAUUUCUGAUUUCAGAUGGCUGAGAUGUUACGUAAUGUUGCUUAAAAAUUCUGUGUAUAUUUAUAAUAUUUAUAAACUAAAGAUUAUCACCAUUAUGCAAUAGACUGUGACAUAAAGAUUACCUAUAUGUGUGCUGUAAAUAGUUUUGUAGAUCUAGUAUUUACAGAUACUGUGUGGUGCAUUCUCUAUCAUAACAAUGUCUUACUUCUAUCAGGAACCUGGAUAUCAUCUAUACGCGAAAAAGGUUUAGUGACAAAAUACAUAUGUUUCAUAAGAGAUGAACAAACCUUAAUGCAAUAGCUAGCACUACUUGAUGCUGAGAAAUGCCCGAUCGGAGGACAUUGAAGAAUCCCUCUCUCUCUGUAUACUAUUCCUAGCCCCAGUGUAGGUUUUGAUUUUACAUCAAGUGAACAUAUACAAUAUUUAUCAACGAUAGUCAUCUUGAUUUCAAAGUCAUCCUAUUGGAAGUGUCUUCUCUAAUCGCCUCAUUUCCAAAAACUGCUGAGGAUCAUUUUGGGAAUGAUUCUUUUCUUCACAGUCAAACUGAUUAAUUCAGUCCCUCCAGGAUUUUGUGGCGUUUUUUGGGAUUUGUGGUCUAAAAUGCCUAAUUACAGGGCAGCUUUUCAAAAAAAAAAAAAAAAAAAAAAAAAAAGGCGAUGCAUUUCUGAUGUUUUCAGUCUUUUUGUUGGGAAAUUUCUGAUGCAAGUGAAAAUUACUCAUAUAUUAGGAAUCUAUCUGCCGUACCCCUUAAACUUUUGUGAGCUGCUGUCUUCUUGCUCUCUCUGACAUCUUAGCACGAGCUAACACAGCGCCAACCGCUAAUAUAAAAAAAUAUAAAAUGGUCCAAAAAAUCUCAAUCUCAAUGUCUUGACCCAUUAAUAACCAUUGGAUAACAACGGUGAUGCUAACAGUUAGCCCUGUCACUGUGUGUGUGUGCUCCAGGCAUGGAGCUCACACUCCUGCAGCAGCAGUCUCAUGAUAAACAGAAAGUGAGAGACAUAGUAAUGCUGUGCUCACACUACAAGCGACAACUAUAUUUAGUCAAAAAAAUACCUGUGCGUUUCAUCAGUGUUUGAGCCCCAUUUUAACGUUAAAUUUCACCGCUAGCUCUCUUUGAAUCGCUGUCCCCUGUUCCUGUUAGCAUCAGCUAACUAAACUAUUUAACACAGCACCACAGCUAGAGACAAACCAUAUGACUGCAUCAUUGGUGUGCUGAUUAAAGUUUAGGCCAGCUCAGAUUCAAUUUCUAGCACGUCCACAGUGACAAAUGUCGGGUGUCAGUUUGUGGCUUCAUGUCGGCUUCCAUUGAAAAUGACCUGUAACCUGUAUCGCCUGUAGUGUGAACACAGCAUAACAGAGGGGCAAGGAGGGGCGGAGCAAAUCAAUACACUGCGUACAGCUCUACAAUGAAAUGAGAUUUUACCCAUUUUAAAUUAUUAGUUAUUAAGUUGCAGUGAAUGGACACAAUUUCAAGGUUGCACAGGAGUCAUUCAUUUUUUUAGAUGGCAACAUCCUGGAGGGGCUGAUCAUUUUAUGAAAUAUAUCAUUCGAGGGCGUUAAUGAGACCCACAUUUUUUUAUUCAUCACACCUUUUUUUCAGCUGCUUCUUGAAUAAAACUGUACUGUACGCUGUCAUAUCACACUAACUGUAGUUGAAGAGCCUGGCACGACACUAUCAGCUCAUACACUUUAGGUUAAAGACGUCACUCAAAUGUGCAGAGAGGUACAUUUUCAGCAAGAGGUGUUUUUGUGCUGCUGCAAGUCAGAUAAAGAAUUGCUGGUUUGCAUUAAGGUUUCUGUCUCAUGUAAAUCCAUUCUGUGGGCUUAGGUACUCUAAACUGACCUGGACUGAUGUUGAGGCAGGGAAGCAAGGUCAAGCCAGAAUAUUGUGACUCUGUCCAAAAGGAUAAGAGCUAUUUUGAAUAUUUUAAUCUUACAGUAAUAAAAGUAUUUCAUGACUCGACUAAAAUAAGCCAGCCAUUACGGCUUACAGGUCAUCUCCCUGCACAUACAGUAGAUGUGUGCACGAGGCCUUCCUGCAGUCUUCGCACAGCGAGUCAAACGUGACAAAGUACUCUGCUGCCAGUCGUGCAGAAUGUCCGUAGAGAGUCAUAGUUUUCAUGGCGCCGAACAUCCCAUCAGUUCAAAGUGACUAAGCCCUCUGAGAUGCCGUUUUAAAAAGAUUACAAGUCCUCGCUACAGAUUGUGUCGAUAGUGUACCAAUACAGUCAACCCACCAAAUGUCAUGAAAGCAUGCACUGUCACAAAUACUUAAAAAGAUACUAUCUCAAAAAUGUUGACGUUAAAUGUAAUGUUAGAUUAUGUUUUGUUCAUUGUCUGUCUGCCUAGACGUUUUAUCUGUGUGUGAACAGAAGCAUUGACUUUUUCACAUGGACAUUCUUAAGUAUUUGUGCCUAAACUAUAGCCAUGUUCCAUCCUUUGUUAUGAGUGUGAGCUCGGUGCGUUCGGGGGAGGGGG